CAGGGCGUGCUGUAUGUUUCAUGUAAAGGGAACUGGAAAAUGAUCGUGAACAUUUUCCCUUUAGUCAUCUAUGUAGCUAAAUUAUAAGACGGAUAUGAGUGUUUUAUCACUGUCAUAAACCUAUACAUCAUUAUAAACCUUAAAAAAAGGAUUAUUUGGGAUUUCUGGAGGACGUGAAGACCGUCUAACGGGAAGCUCAGGAAGGUCCUCUGGUGUACAUGGCACUACAUGCGGCUGCACCAUGAGCGGCGAGCCGGACGCCUUGGCUGUGGUCAACCAGCUCCGAGAUUUAGCUGCUGACCCACUGAACAGACGCGCUAUUGUCGAAGAUCAGGGCUGUUUGCCUGGACUUAUCCUCUUCCUCGAUCAUCACAACCCACAAGUCGUCUAUUCAGCAUUGCUGGCCGUUCGAUACCUGGCAGAAUGUCGAGCCAACAGGGAGAAGCUGAAGGGCGUUCUGGGAAUGAUGCUGAGUCUGCAAAACGUCAUGCAGAAGAGCACAUCCCCAGGGGAGACUAAAUUGUUGGCUUCAGAAAUCUACGAGAUCCUGCAGAACUCGAGCAACUCUGAGGCCGAACAGGCCGAAGCAGCCGCCUCGUGUCGCCGUAAGGCUCAGUUCUUCCUGGGUUCCACCAACAAGCGGGCCAAGACCGUGGUUCUGCAGAUCGACGGCUUGGACGACCCGACACGGAGGAGUCUGUGUGAGGAAGCUUUGCUGAAAAUCCGCGGCGUCAUCAGCUUCACCUUCCAGAUGGCCGUUAAGAGGUGUGUGGUCCGGAUCCGCUCCGACCUGAAGGCCGAGGCUCUGGGAACAGCCAUCGCAUCAACCAAAGUGAUGAAAGCGCAGCAGGUGGUGAAGGGAGAAGACGGUAAUGAGAUGGUAAUCCCGUUUCAGGAGGAUUCGGACGUUGAGGUGGAGCAGAACAUGGACUUGCCGGAGUACCUCCCUGAGGACGAGAGCCCGGCUGACGAGCAGCACAAGGCCGUGUCUCGCCUGGGCUCCAUGCAGGACGGUAUGGGCUGGCUGAGCACCGCCACCAACUUCCUGUCUCGCUCCUUCUACUGGUGACCCUGCGCCAUAACAACCUCCCACCCCCUCCCCCGCUUCGAGUACAGAAACACUACUUCAGGGUGCUGCAAAUAACUCAAGUCCUCCUAAAGCUCACGUUAGCACCAACACCACCAGAGACACCAAGCCAUAGAACAAUAAGACUGCUUUCACCAUGAGUGUCUCCACUGUAGCUGCUCUCUCUCUUUCUCUCUCUCUCUCUCAGCAUUUUCUUUCCCUUCAGCCAGAAGAUGUUUCUUUAUUUUUAAAGACGGUUUGGUCCAGUUUCUCCUCAAGGGUCCAUGUGUGAUACCAAACAGCAUUGGGUACUUGUAUAGUGUGGUGUGUUUUUUCUUUUUUUCUUUCUUUGGGACACUCAGUGCUCUGCCAGGUUGCAUAAUCCUCCUGGCGACGGAUUUUCAGUUUUUGUACGAGGGAACUUUUUCUCAUGCAUGAAGUUUGAGUGCUUGUUUUUUUUUUUCUCUCUCUUUCUUCCUGUAUCUUGCCUUUCCAUCUCACUUCUUGUGUGUUUUAUUGUCUUGCUCUGUCUUUGCUCAUUUGAAAAAAGUUUUAAAUUCACUUUAUCCCCUCGGGAUUUUCUGCUUUACCCGAUGCCUUUUUCGUCUUUUGCGAGUGUGUGUGUGUGUGUGUGUGUGUGUGCACGCGCCUGCGUGCGUGCGAUGUGAUUUCUUGAUCUCAUCUCAAACUUCUGAAGAUUUAAACCACAUCCUUAUUCACACACAGUCGUUUUUGGUCGUACAGAGGGGUAAAGAAUUGGGAGAAGCACCAGCACUGACUGCUGUAGGGUCAUCAAGCGAAGCUGUAGAACCCAAACACCUUCUGUGCUGCAUGCAGAAAUAAAAGGGAAAAACAACACUAACGCACUCGCUAUUGCUAUCAGACUACUAACAGUUUCUCACGCUCCAUGCCAGCGCUUUAGACUGAAUUCAGGACGGGAGGCCAGGUUCGAUUGGGAGCUUUUGUUUUCUUGCAUCUAAUUUUUAUGGUUUGCUGCCUCUAACACGAGUAUUAAAGUUCGGUCAGUUCUUUCGUCGGGAAUUCACGUCUGAGCCCGAUCGCCAAAACGCACAAUCGAUGCCUGUCAGACCUGCGUGAUAGGAUUAAAAAAAACAAUCUCCUGGAUACGAGCGACGAGCGAUCUCUGGAGUACGAACAAAAACAAGACGAGGGAAAAAGUCACCAACAGUGUUAUUAAAACCCAACACCACAUCCGAUAAUUGCUGAAUAUCUCCUGUACUUGUGCUUGAGUUUUGUUUUUUUUAUUAUUUAAAUCAUGGUUUAGAUUUUAGACCGAACCUCGGUAACCCGGUGCGUGACAUCAGGAAGACUGAAGUAGUCCGUAGCACAUGUUUAGAUAUAGAAGCUUCUCAUGUACAGAGUACAUCUGCUGUUACGUGUGUAAAGAAUUUCAGACCAUGGAGUUAUUGCCUGUUCACACUAAUGACAUUAUUAAAUAUAUUAAAGAA